CUGAUUGGUCGCCUGGAUGUCGUAAAACAGUGACGUUCCAAGAUGGCGGCUGUGGAGUAGUUUUUCUCAGCCGCGCGAAGUAUUCACGGAAGAAUGGGAAGAUUUAGGGGCAAUUUGGCCGCUAUCCUGGCCGUCAUCGUGCUCCUGUUGCCGGGACAUCUUACUGAAGAUGUUGGAAAAGGACCCUGUUCGAAGGAGCGAGAUGCCGCCUUAGCUACUGGCAUGAUUGGAGGUUUCAUCAAACAGUGUAAGGAGGAUGGGACCUUCAAGACAGAGCAGUGCUGGGCAUCUACUGGCUACUGCUACUGCGCUAACCCGUCCAACGGUCUGAUCUACGACGAGACGGCGCUGCGAUCGUGGGAGGGACAGCGAAACGUGGACUGCAACACGUACUACAAGACAAAGAAUGAUGUGCGGUGCUCCAACCUCGCCUGUCGGCUGGCCAGACGAGGCGAGUGCCAGGCCGACACCCAGCAGUGCGGCCCGUGUCAGGAAGGAUAUGUGGAGGAAGGGAGUGUCUGUAAAUAUCAGGGAGAGAAAAACGUUCUUCCAGACAUCGAUGUGAUCACGGACAGGCUGCUGAACGAACGGCAGACGACCGCUGGAAAAUAUGACGAAGGAAAUAACCAUGUUGAAGAAGUGAGAGGAGAGCAGACGACAACUCAGAGAGAACAGCAGGGCUCCAGCCCCAAGGCCCAGCCUCAGAAAAACACCCCCCCUGCAGCGACCCAGUACGCACAUGGCAUCAACGACAUCCUCUUCCUGGCCAUUGUGGUGGGCUGCAGUGUGCUGGGAGUUAUUGGACUGGGAAUAGCAGGUUACUGCUGGUGGAAAUUACAACAGAAUGUGAAGAUGGCAGCAGAUCAGGACUACCCAGCAUACGGAGUGACGGGACCAAGUGCCAAGUCACAGAUGACGGCAGGAGACAAGAAGCUGGCUCAGAGUGCCCAGAUGUACCACUACCAGCACCAGAAACAGCAGAUGCUGGCCAUGGAAAAGAACCAUGGUGACAUGAAGCGUAAUGACUCAGAUGAUGAGACAGAGGAGGAGACAGAAGAGGGAGACUACACAGUGUACGAGUGUCCUGGUCUGGCACCAACGGGAGAGAUGGAAGUGAAGAACCCGCUGUUUGAUCACGACUCCCAGCCACCUCCUGGGUCAGCCAAAUGAACUCUGACCUCUGACCUCAUGCCAAAGGACAACGCAAUCAUCAUCUGAUGGUUACCUUAAAAACAAGAAAAAGAGUUUGGUUUAUAAAACGUUUUGGUCAGUUAGGAUUAGCCAUAUAACAUCCAUGUUUACAGGUAAAAAGUAAAACUGAACAGUCUUUCAAAUUUCCCUAUAUUUCCAUUUUACAUUGAAAGCUUGAUGACAACAUAUUCUAUCUAAAUUUGAUGAUAGAUUUAAGAAGACCUCACCUAUCUUUGAGAGACAUAGGAUCUUUUGUGUUUAUGAUCAUUAUUGUCUUGAUAAAAGGUCACUUUUCUAUAGAAUAUGACACUGUAUAAUUCGUAGUGCUGAAUUCUCAACUCCUAUUGUGAUUUUUAAACGAUGUUGUUUCUCCACUUUUGUGAUCAGUUAACAACAUCUUGUCAAGCUUCAUGUUAUUAAAGAUAAACAAAGUAAAAUGUUCAAACUCUCCUCAAAUAGAUAAAAUUACAUGAUUGAAAUUACCCAGGGUUUAGAAAUUGCUACAGGACAUGAAGAUUGACUAUCAUAUAUGGUUCAAUAUGAAAAAUAGGUAUACAUUUCUACUAGAAAACCGUUGUCAUGUAAAUUAAGUAGAGUCAAAUCUGGCUUGGAGGAUUUGAGUGAUCUGCGUACCUUGGAAUCGUUCUAUUUUCUGAACUUGAUCUUGUAGCUGAGCCUGCCAUUUCUGAUGGUGCUUGUGAACUUGUAGAUAGCACACUGUGGAAACACUUCUCAAAUAAGUAUUACAAUUAUGUUAAUGAGGGUAACUUGUCACAGAUGAAGAGGAAAGAUUGUUUGUGAAGGAAUGUAAAAGUCUUGAUUUAUUAUGGAAAAUGAUAUGGACUGGAAGAAUAUUUUGAUGGCUAAUUUUGAUUGAGGAAAAUGGAAAUUAAGUGAAAGUAAAGUUGACACAGAAGUUUUGAAGAUGGCACAGAAAAAAUGAUUAGCAUGGUAAAAGAUAUGUCAUUUAUAUCAUUGUCUCCCCUACAAUUUUUGAGGUACAUACAAUUGCUUGUGUGAUACUGAGCUUCAACUUAUGUUAUACCACACCAAACACUACUGACACAGACCUGUUACUAUAAUAGGUCUGUUGUGAUGACAGUUUUUACAGAAAACAUAAUUCAUGACCUUUUUCCAGUUGAAGAGAAUCAUCAAUGGAUAAUGGCUUUCAGUACUGUGUAAUUGACAACUGCCUAUUAUCUUCUCUCGAAUUCAUGCCUCAUAAUUGUAUUGAUAUCAUAUUCAACUCUUGUGAAUCAGAGUUAUCUUUAAUAUUGUAGUGUUUUCUAGUGCCAUUCCAUGAUUGCUCAAAAGUAUGCAAAAAAAAAAAGCGGCCAUUUUGAAACAAUGCAUCAUGGGAUGGCACAAGAAAUUGUAUGACAAUGUUAUUAUUACAGAGAGUAACGAAAUAUAUAAAAGGCACAAGUAGAGAUGUUGAUAUAUUUUUGUGCCUUUGUUUUAACUUUAUUUCAGUGUAUAUAGUGAAAAUAUUUUAAGUAAUUGUGACCUCCUUCUCCAGUUGUUUAAUUUCUCUUGAUUUGUGAUGUAAAUGUAUAGAAACAGGCUGAUCUUUUUACUGGAAAAAGCAACAUAGGAAAAUCACUUGAAGAGCUUUCUGUCAAAAAGUGUUUCAGCUACACAAUGUAUGGGGAAGGUUUGUGGUUAAGACGAUUAAGAUUUAUUGAUUUUGAACGUUGGAAAAUACAUUGUAAUUCAAACUUGCUGUUUCUUCAACAUUGGAUAAAAUUCAGGAGAUCUUGUUAUUGAAGUGAAUGUGCUGUAAAUGUCACAUGAAUACCAAUGGCAUUUGCUUUCCCUUUUUUGAUUUGCUUUCAUGAAAAAUUUACUGAGACAAUGUGACAGGCAUUCUGUUGACAUUCUGAAUAUAUUGUGAAAAAAAUUGUGCGAAAUUCUGUGAUUGCUUUCUUCCAGAAUAAAAAUGUAGAGUUGAUUAAA